CAUACUCUGCUAUAAUAAUCGUUUUUUCCUCUCUUUGUUCAAAACCCAUUUUCACUUUUUCACAUAAACCCAUUAAUUUUUCUACUAAAGUUUCCAACUUUCGACCAUAUCAUGAACAUUCAACCCAAAAUCGAACCUGGGUCAUCAUCACCCACCAACCCUAAGAACAACCUUGAAGAUAAUCCUAUUCAUGAUCUUGUUAAGAUUUUGUGUGUUUUGGAGAGUAGGGAUUUAAGACUCAGAGAGGAGUUUCACUUGGAAAGACUCUCAAGGUUACAUGCUGAGUUUGAGUCUAAGAAAAGAGAAGAAAUGUUUGAGAAAGGUAAUGGAAAAACUAUUCAAGAGUUACAAAAGAAGAACAAUGAACUAGAGGUUGAAGUUAUGAAUUUGAAGGAGAAACUUGUUGAUGGUAGCAAUGAAGUUGGUGUGUUAAGAACAAAGAUUGUUGAAUUAGAAUCUGAAAUUUUGGAGUUGAGGAAAUUAAAUGAAAAGAUGCUGGAGGAUAAUAAUGAACUUGUUGUGCUAAGAGAAAUGAUUGGUAAAUUAGAGCAUGAAGUUUUGGAGUUGAGGAAGUUGAAGAAAAAAUGGUUUGAUGAUAGCAAUGCUCAUGAUGAGGUACGAAGCAAGGUUCGUGUAAUGGAGGGUGAUAAGAAUGAUUUGGCUGGACUUAAGAUUGAAACUGGUGAAUUGAAGGAAACAAUGAAGAAGAAUUUGGAAACUAUAAGUGAGCUGAGGAAAGAAAAUGAUAAGCGGACGGUUGAGAUAUUACUUGGGGGUUUUUACAAAAAGUUUAGAGGAAUGACCGGAAGAGUUUCAAGGUUCGAUGAUGAUACUAAUUUUGAAGAGAACCAGGAAGAUGAUGUUUCUGACGAUGAGUUCAGAAAUGUAGAUGCUCAUCACACUCUUGGAGUUUCUGACGCUCAUGGUGCAUCAUCAGGUAAGGGAACAAUGAAAGUGAAAAAGGAUAUUGAGAUCAUGCACUUUGAUGACAACAACGACGACGAUGAAAGGUGUAUGUCCCAAGGAGUACAUGAAAUGAAUGCUAUUUAUGGAAUUGCUGUGAAGAAUGAGGAUCCAACUCCAAGUUCAUCACUAGCAGUUCAACUAGGAACCAAGUUUGCAAAUGCGGUUAACACAGUCAAAAGAAAAUUUUCUUUCAGCGACAGUGAAACCUCCACUUCUUCUUCCUCUGAUGAUUCAUUGUUUCUUGAUAAUCUUACAGGGAGGUCCGAGGUAUCACUUGCAAAAAAGAAAAAGUUGUAGUCCAACAAUCCAGGAUUAAUUAAACCGUUAUAUUUCAAUUGAUAAUCUUACAAGAGGUCCGCGGUAUCAUCAAUGAAUUUAAUGUGCUGGGUUUGAUGGAAAUGCGGGUUGAUAUCAUUGCUCUUGUUGAGCCGAGACCCUAAUCUAGCAUUGAAAAAUCGA